AUGCAACACCCGCCCUGCGGGCUUGGCAAUUGCUUAGCAUUAAAAAAAAUUCCCGGGAGCUCCGGGGGUGUAUGUUCAGUAGUGUGUGUGUGGGAGGGAGCGUUGGGGGGGGGGUUACAGAGGCACCUAACUCAUCCCCCGCCUAGACUGCGAUAGUGUGCUGCGGCGCGCGAGGCCGACGCCCAGCAAGGCCUUACGGAGGGGCUGCCCUUGUGGGAUCAAAGGACGCUACACCCAGGGUGCAAAAUGGGAGGAAGAGGACGCGCCCAUUUAGGAACGAGGCCGCAGGAUGUUUCUACUUUUAAAUUGAAAGGAGAGGGGCGCCCCCCUUGUUUGAAAAUAAAUAAAUAA